AUCACAACAUGUCUUCGGAUGCACAAGCUGGACCAUCGCGACCUUCUGGAAGACCUUUUGUAUCUGCGGAUCAUCGUCCCAGCAUACCCGAUGGUAUCUUUCGUGUUCUGCUCAUCACGACUGGGUCGGUGGCGAGCAUCAAAGCUCCUGACAUCGUUGCCGCUUUGGCCAAAAAACCUCACAUCGACCUGCAGGUAGUGGCCACGAAUGCAUCUUUGCAUUUCUUCAAUCAAGAUCAAAUCGACAAGGCUGUGUAUACCGCACUAUACGGAGCACACCCCUCCAGUCAUUCCGCCGGAACAGAUGGCGGCAGGUGGGGCUCCUCUGGAACGUACGAGAAUGACCCUCGACGUGUGACUGUGUGGACAGAUACGGAUGAGUGGAGUGAUUGGAGAAAAGUUGGCGACCCCAUUUUACAUAUUGAGCUCCGGCGAUGGGCAGAUUUAGUCGUUGUCGCUCCAUGUUCCGCGGACAUGCUCGCGAAGAUCGCCAAUGGUUUUGCGGAUAAUCUGGCGUUAUCCCUUCUCCGAGCAUUGUCCCCCUCCACUCCAGUCGUCAUCUGUCCUGCUAUGAAUACUUACAUGUAUCAACAUAAACUCACUGCAAAACAUUUACGUGUACUCCAAGAACUUGACUAUCUAGUCUUGGGACCUCAGGGAACGGGGACAUUAGCUUGUGGUGACGAAGUAGGCCCGGGUAAGAUGACAGACUGGCGCGAGAUAGUCAGUACCAUCGAAAACUUUGCCGAACUUCAUCAUCAGACCAUCAGCCGGAUUUCCAACAAUGCUCUUCCUACUCCACCCGCGUCUUUAGCUUCAAACGCAUCUCAGAUUGCAGGAAACAAGCGCCCAUUAACCCCACCGACACCUGGACGAUCACCAAGGAAACCUGCUAGUCAGUUACCUGAGCAAGAUGAGAGGAUGGAGCUCGAAGAAAGUGUUCAGGUAUUGAUUGACAAUGCUCGACCGCUUGAUGUGGGCGCGAAAAGCGCGCGCGCAGGACGGACGGGCAUCCAAGAUUGGGCUACAAUGACCAGUCCAUAUGGAGGUGAUGGGAGUGCUUGGAACAAGAAGUUUUGGAUGGGAUAA